ACGACCACUUGUAAUAUUUUUUCCCCCCACUUGCAAGGGAAUCAAGUCAAUUUAUACAAAUUUUUUUUUUGGCAUUUGCUUUGGACGUCAAGUUUUGACAAAUUUCCUGAAAUACCCUCCUCUGUUUUCUCAUUCUUCCAUACAGUAAGCAUGAGCUUAAGAAUGGACAAGGGUAAAACAGUAUUUAAAGCUGGAUGAAUUCCCUACUUCAUGUCUGUACACAAGCAGAGGCUUUUCCCACAAAAGCUUCAUUUCCCGUGCUGGUUGUAUUUCUCUGUGAGUCUUUGAUUCCUUCAUUUCCAAAGAAAAGAUGGCUGUGGUGGAGGCGUUUCUGUCUUCCUUGUUUGAGGUGGUGCUGGACAAGCUGGUGGCUACCCCUUUGUUAGAUUAUGCACGCCGGAUCAAAGUAGACACAGCAGUGCUCCAGGAGUGGAUGAACACUUUGUUGCAUCUCCAAGCAGUGCUGCAUGAUGCUGAGCAGAGGCAGAUUCGGGAGGAAGCGGUGAAGAGGUGGGUGGACGAUCUCAAAGCUUUAGCUUACGACAUCGAAGAUGUCCUGGACGAGUUUGACAUGGAGGCUAAGCGAUGCAGUUGGGUACAAGGGCCCCAAACCAGCACCAGCAAGGUACGGAAGCUUAUCCCCUCUUUUCAUCCUAGCGGUGUGAUUUUCAAUAAGAAGAUUGGUCAAAAGAUCAAGAUAAUCACCCGGGCAUUAGAUGCGAUUGUAAAAAGAAAGUCUGAUCUCCAUCUGACACAGAGUGUUGGAGGGGUGUCAGCAGUGACUGAACAAAGGUUGACUACUUCUUUGAUAGAUAAGGCUGAGUUUUAUGGUAGGGAUGGUGAUAAGGAGAAGAUCAUGGAAUUGUUGCUAUCUGAUGAAAUAGCUAGUGCUGAUAAGGUUCAGGUGAUUCCGAUUGUUGGUAUGGGUGGGGUUGGAAAAACAACCCUCGCUCAAAUGAUCUAUAACGACGAGAGGGUUGGGGACAAUUUCGAUAUCAGAGUUUGGGUGUGUGUAUCUGAUCAGUUUGAUUUGGUAGGGAUAACGAAAGCAAUUUUAGAGUCGGUCCCUGAGCAUUCAUCUGAUACUUCUAAUACACUGCAAUCACUACAAGAUAGUUUGCAGAAAAAGUUGAAUGGAAAAAGGUUUUUCCUUGUUUUGGAUGAUAUAUGGAAGGAGGAUCCCAAUAGCUGGAGUACCUUACAAGCUCCUUUUAGAAAUGGAGCACAAGGCAGUGUGGUAAUGGUAACAACUCGUCUUGAAGAUGUUGCAUCUAUUAUGCGCACCACCUCUUCCCAUCAUCUUAGUAAACUCUCUGAUGAAGAUUGUUGGUCACUAUUUGCAGGCAUUGCCUUCGAAAACGUAACUCCAGAUGCCCGCCAAAACUUGGAACCUAUUGGUAGGAAAAUAAUAAAGAAAUGUGACGGUUUGCCUUUGGCUGCAAAUACAUUGGCAGGUCUGUUGCGCUGUAAACAAGAUGAGAAGACUUGGAAGGAUAUGCUGAACAGCGAAAUAUGGGAUUUACGAACAGAACAAAGCAGAAUUCUUCCGGCUCUACACUUGAGUUACCAUUACCUCCCUACAAAAGUGAAGCAGUGCUUUGCAUAUUGUUCCAUCUUUCCAAAGGAUUAUGAAUUUCAAAAGGAGGAGUUAAUUUUGUUGUGGAUGGCGCAAGGUUUAGCGGGUAGCUUGAAAGGAGGGGAGACGAUGGAAGAUGUUGGUGAAAUAUGUUUUCAGAACCUAUUAUCAAGGUCAUUCUUUCAACAAUCCGGUCAUAAUAAGUCAAUGUUUGUGAUGCAUGAUUUGAUUCACGAUUUGGCUCAAUUUGUAUCUGGAGAAUUUUGUUUCAGAUUGGAAAUGGGACAGCAAAAAAAUGUUUCCAAGAAUGCUCGACAUUUUUCAUAUGAUCGUGAGCUAUUUGACAUGUCUAAGAAAUUUGAUCCCCUUCGUGACAUUGAUAAAUUACGGACCUUCCUACCAUUAAGUAAGCCUGGUUAUGAAUUAUCUUGCUACUUAGGUGAUAAAGUCCUACACGAUGUAUUGCCGAAAUUCAGAUGUAUGCGGGUUUUAUCCUUAUCUGACUAUAACAUCACUUAUUUGCCUGAUUCAUUUGGAAAUUUGAAACAUUUGCGGUAUUUGAACCUUUCUGGCACUAAAAUUCAGAAGUUACCUAAAUCAAUAGGUAUGCUUUUGAAUUUGCAAUCAUUGGUGUUGUCAGGAUGUUUUCGGCUUACCGAGUUACCGGCCGAGAUUGGAAAGCUCAUCAACUUGCAUCAUUUGGAUAUCUCUAGAACAAAAAUAGAAGGGAUGCCAAUGGGAAUCAAUGGAUUAAAAGGUCUUCGAAGAUUGACUACUUAUGUUGUUGGCAAGCAUGGUGGUGCAAGACUCGGGGAGUUACGAGAUCUUGCACACCUGCAAGGAGCACUCUCCAUUUUAAACUUGCAGAAUGUGGUUCCUACGGAUGAUAUAGAAGUUAAUUUGAUGAAAAAGGAAGACCUUGACGACUUAGUGUUUGCAUGGGAUCCAAAUGCGAUUGUUCGUGUCUCGGAGAUUCAAACCAAAGUUCUCGAAAAGCUUCAGCCUCAUAACAAGGUGAAAAGGCUCAGCAUUGAAUGCUUUUAUGGCAUAAAAUUUCCAAAAUGGUUAGAAGAUCCUUCGUUCAUGAAUUUAGUUUUCUUACGACUUAGAGGUUGUAAAAAAUGCUUGUCUUUGCCGCCACUUGGGCAGUUACAGUCUCUCAAGGAUCUCUGUAUUGUGAAGAUGGCUAAUGUACGAAAGGUAGGUGUAGAGUUGUAUGGGAAUAGCUAUUGUAGUCCAACUUCAAUUAAGCCAUUUGGAUCCCUAGAGAUUCUGAGGUUUGAAGGGAUGUCAAAGUGGGAGGAAUGGGUUUGUCGUGAAAUUGAAUUCCCUUGUUUGAAGGAGCUUUGUAUCAAGAAAUGUCCAAAGCUGAAAAAGGAUUUACCCAAACACCUUCCUAAAUUAACAAAACUUGAGAUUAGAGAAUGCCAGGAGCUGGUGUGUUGUCUUCCAAUGGCUCCCUCCAUUCGUGAAUUGGAGUUGGAGAAAUGUGAUGAUGUGGUGGUUAGGAGUGCGGGCAGUCUCACCUCAUUGGCUUCCUUGGAUAUACGCAAUGUUUGUAAAAUACCAGAUGCAGAUGAAUUAGGACAAUUGAAUUCUCUUGUACGUUUGGGUGUGUGUGGUUGUCCCGAGCUAAAGGAAAUUCCACCCAUUCUUCACAGCCUUACCUCUCUUAAAAAAUUGAACAUCGAGGAUUGUGAGAGUCUUGCAUCUUUUCCGGAGAUGGCGCUGCCACCCAUGCUUGAAAGGCUUCGAAUUUGUUCCUGUCCCAUUCUGGAGUCCCUACCAGAGAUGCAAAAUAAUACGACUCUCCAACACUUGUCCAUUGAUUAUUGUGAUUCUCUAAGGUCCUUGCCCAGGGACAUUGAUUCAUUGAAGACACUUUCAAUCUGCAGGUGUAAGAAAUUGGAGUUAGCACUCCAGGAGGAUAUGACGCACAACCACUACGCUUCCCUUACCGAAUUAACUAUAUGGGGUACUGGUGAUUCUUUCACGUCCUUUCCAUUAGCCUCCUUCACAAAGCUUGAGACGCUUCAUUUAUGGAAUUGUACAAAUCUGGAGUCCCUUUACAUUCCAGAUGGACUUCACCACGUGGAUCUCACAUCUCUCCAGUCAUUGAAUAUAGAUGAUUGCCCUAAUCUGGUAUCUUUUCCACGAGGAGGAUUGCCCACUCCCAAUUUAAGACUGCUUCUGAUACGUAACUGCGAAAAGCUCAAGUCACUGCCCCAAGGGAUGCACACCCUCCUUACAUCCCUUCAAUUUUUGCAUAUAUCUAGUUGUCCAGAAAUUGAUUCAUUUCCAGAAGGGGGAUUGCCCACUAAUCUAUCUAAGCUUAGCAUCAUCGGGAAUUGCAGCAAACUCGUGGCCAAUCAGAUGGAGUGGGGCUUGCAAACGCUUCCCUUUCUUAGAACGCUGGCGAUUGUUGAAUGUGAGAAAGAAAGAUUUCCCGAGGAGCGAUUUUUGCCCUCCACUCUCACCUCCCUUGAAAUUGGGGGUUUUCCAAAUCUGAAAUCCCUGGACAAUAAGGGGUUUCAGCACCUCACCUCUCUUGAAACUCUGGAGAUUUGGAAAUGUGGAAACCUCAAGUCCUUCCCAAAACAAGGGUUGCCCUCCUCCCUUACACGUCUUUAUAUUAAAGAGUGUCCUCUGCUGAAGAAACGGUGCCAAAGGAAUAAAGGGAAAGAAUGGCCCAACAUUUCUCACAUCCCCUGCAUAGCGUUCGAUAGACAGACGACAAAUGAGGAGGUGAUCUUAUCAUGAGGCCCUUCCAUCGAAGCUCUUGCUCUCCUCUGCAUUUAUUGGGCCAGCAGUGUCUACUAUCUUGUUGUUGAUUGAGCAAGGUUGUCUACCAGAAUUGUUGGCUUCCUUGAUUUUCUACUUGGUUUUUGCAAGCACAUCAAAAUGUAGGGAGCAAAUGGAAAAAUCAACCUCGUAAAGCUCAUGUAGACAAAUGAUUCCUAAUUCCAAGUCAUCCACUUUAGAUUCUUCAAAUAUGGCAAAGGGUUCAACAAACGUAUUCAUAGCAACAAAGUGCCUAUUUCCAAUUAGCUUCCACAUUGGGCAUCAUUUAAGAAUUUGAAAGAAGUACUUGUACCUGCAUAACAAUGAGAGGUUCAUUUGAAGGAGGCACCAUUGAAGCAUGUCGGGGUGCAUUCUGUCGGGGAAGUAAAAGAUGGUUAAUCAGCCUUUCAGAAGUCAAAAUUAAAUCAGAGGUUCUAAACUUUUGGAACUCCAGUGCAAUGAAAAGGUUGGAGACUUUGAUCAAGUUAAUACACUUUCCCAUUCUUCUCUCUUGCAUAGGACUUUGGCAUGCCCUUUUGUAUGGGAAGAGCUUAAUCAGGCAUGCAGAGUGAUUCUCCUAUUGAUUAUCAGGUUCUGUAGCUGGAAUUUAAGUGGCUGAUAUGAACAUCCAUAGUGGCUUCAUAUCCAUGCAUUUGUGAUUCCACAAUCAAAAUUUACUAAAAUAAGCAUCUAAAGCAUCUUUAACGAAUAUCAUUAGCAGAGGAAGGUUGUGCACUCGAAUUCUUUUGUUACUCGAUAUAAUAUUUAAUUUCUGCUAGUAUGAUGUGACAAAGAGAAAAUGGAAAGAUCUUUCUAGCAAAGCUCGUUUAGGGAAACCAUCCAUAAGAGAUGUUACAUUUUUGUGUUCUGAAAAUUUUCAGAUAGAAUGAAGGGCUCUAACAAAUGUACUAACCGCCGCAAAGUGCCCUGCUUUCGAUAGGUAUGUCUUCUACUUUCUGAAAAAUAAUAUGUUUUGCCUUAUAGUAAAAAUUCACAUACUAAACUAUUAGAAUCAUCGAGAUAAAAGCAGAUGGUCUUUUUGCUUACACAUUGAAGAAAUUUCUUUGCUUAUGUAGACUGCUUUAUAUUUAAAGUAUGGUAUGGAGGUUAUCAUAUGCAUCCUAUUCCAUUGGUGUCUACAUUGAUGGUCAAGAUGAUUAUGAUAAGGCUGAAAGAGUGUCUUAGGUGACUAUGAAUUUUGUUAUCUCUUCUCUGAACAAAACCAUUUCUUUCAUUUCAACAACUCAAUUUCAGUAGUAAUCUAAUUUUGGAAUUUCAAUGCAAUGAAAAAGCGGCAAAUUGGAUCUAAAACCUGUCCCAUACAGGAAAUCAACUCUGCCAUGCAAUUUUGUUUUGGAGUUUUUGGUUCUUGAUUUUGUGAAAUAUGAGAAUGCAAUUAUAACUACUCGUUCCUAGGAUGGAGAUUUUGCCAAUAGAGAUAGCUUGUUGGAAGGUGAUGUGGAAGCAUAAAGACAUGGAAUGAUAUGGAAGUGAUAAGCAAAUGAUACACUUCCAAGUUCUCCUCUCUUGCAUGGGACUCAGGUACACCAUUCUGCAUGGAAAGAUGUGGGAAGAGUGAUUCUCUUCUUUUUUAUUAAUUAGUUCAUCGUUAAUUAGCUGGAAUCCAAGUGGAUGAUAUGAACAUCCAUACUGGCACCAUUCUGAUAUUUCUUGGAAAUUAUCUAUAGGUGGAAGUUAGAUUGAUAUUUUGCUAAUGAUCUGUAUAUCCCCUGCCUUCAAUCUUGGGAUAACAAUAUUCAGAUAGAUUUCUGCCAUCUUCAAUUAAGCUCUUCUGUUCCCAUAAAACCAUGUGUAAGCAAUCCUGCUUUCUAUCACGGUAGAUGAGCCUAUCAUCAAAUGAAUGCUUUUUGUUGACUUCCAUUACAUGGUACCCUGAUCCAACACUGGACUCCAAAAGGAGAACAAACAUGCAAACUGAAAUGUAUGUUGAUUCUAGUAACUUAAUUCUCAAUCCCUAACUUGAAGAAAUGAGAGGCAAUAAUAAAUGGAAAUUUUAUCGGGUUUCUCUAGCAGCACAUCCUGACAUGAUCUGAAAAUCUUGACAGGAAAAAUUAAGAGAAAUGCUUUUCAAUUUGGAAAAGCGGAGUAAUGCUGUUUGAAGUUGACAGAUAUGUUUGAGGAUUUCGUCUGUCUUUAAUGUGGUUCAUCACUUGCAGGCUUCUGCCCAACUCAUUGGAUUUCUCAAAUACUUUCCCUGCCACAUUUUCCCAUUUUACUGGGGUUUUAUAUCUUGCUCCAUGCUGUCAAGGAACUCAAUAUUCCUCAGAUGUCCCUUUCAGCUGUUCAUAAGGUUGUAAAUGUGCCUCGUAUAUGGAAGCUUGUUCAUGGAAUGCUUGGAUGUGCAAUUCAAUAAUUGGGGUUCUCAUAGUUGCUACAAAUUUGGUGCAGAAUAUCACACAUACUCCAAUUAACUGGAUGACUUGACCAUCAGAACAAGCUAUAUAUUCAGUUUUUUUAUUUUUUAUUUUUAAGCUCCCAUGAAAAGAUGGCAAGCAUUAGCCUUGGCCCAUAAAAGAAAGCCAUUCUCUUCAUAACUGAUUUAUAUAUUUCAACUAAAAUGGCAGCCACUUCACAUCUCUUCAGCAUCGGCAGCUGUUGGUAACCUCCAUUGAUGGCAAGUUUCUUUUAGUGUUUCCCAUGUAUACAUAUGUUGUUCCCACAAACCAUGCAUCCUCUAUUCUCUCUUGGGAGAUGUUUAACGAUGAGAUAUUGCUAUUUGUCUAUGAUAGGUAGGAUGUUCAGUGUCUAUGAUAUGUUUUCAAACUUUCAAAGCAGCUAUAAUUGAGUUCAUUCCUCUUAUAUGCAGUUGAAAAUAUAUUCAUAUA